CCACCCGCGCGGCGGGCGUGGCCCGGGAUUCCCGGGAGGGGAGGGCAGGGCGCCGGGUGUCCUUGGGCCGGGAGGGGAGGUGACUCGGGUGGCGGCGGCCGAAGAGGACGACGCAGGAUGAGGGCCCUGCGGAUACCCCUCCAGGUGCCUUAACAACCACGUGCUCUCCACCCUCCCAGAUGCCCCAGGUGCUGAUCCGCUCCUUCGGCUCAACGUCCCGGAACCACUUUGAGAACCGAGUUGCAGAGAAGCAGAAAAUUUUCCAGGCCAACAAUGACCUCCCGGUGCACUUGAAGGGCGGUGGGAUUGACAACCUUCUCUACCGGCUGACUAUGGCCCUGACUCUGGGAGGUACUGUCUACAGCUUGUACUGCCUCGGCUGGGCCUCCUUCCCCCACAAGAAGUGAGACCAAGAAGCAUGGAAGACCUGGGGGACUUAAACAUCAAUAAAUGUGCUAGCUUCCUGGGGAA